CAAACAUGCUUUUUGUCUCUGCAACUCUGCAAGUCACAGCAGAGCAAAGCAUCGAAGAAGGUCUCCUCUUGAGUAUUUCGCCAAAGAGCCACAUGAGAGGGACCAGAGAUAAAACUAAGAAUGGUGGAACGGCCGAAUCUGCAUCAGCGGCUUCUUUCCCUCUCAUUCUGGACACCGAUGACUUUAAGGGAGACUUUUCAUUUGACGCAUUAUUUGGAAACUUGGUGAAUGAGCUCCUUCCAUCUUUCCAAGAAGAAGAGGCAGAUUCAUUGGAAGGGCAUGGUAACGUUGGUGGGCGUGAUUCUUUGCCAAAUGGACACCUGUCAGCACCAUCUGAUUCAGCAAAGUAUGCACAAGCGCUUUCAACGCCUUUAUUCCCAGAGGUUGAGAAGCUCUUAUCUUUGUUCAAGGAUUCUUGUAAAGAGCUGGUUGAGCUGCGCAAACAGAUUGAUGGGAGACUGUAUAAUCUCAAUAAAGAUGUUUCUGUCCAAGAUUCCAAGCAUCGGAAGACACUUUUCGAGCUAGAGAAAGGUGUAGAUGGUUUGUUUGAUAGCUUUGCGCGGUUGGAUUCACGUAUUUCAAGUGUUGGCCAGACUGCUGCGAAGAUAGGCGAUCAACUUCAGAGUGCUGAUGCUCAGCGGGAAACUGCCAGUCAAACUAUAGAGUUGAUUAAGUACUUAAUGGAGUUCAAUAGCAGCCCUGGUGAUCUAAUGGAGCUUUCACCUCUUUUUUCUGAUGAUGGCCGUGUUGCUGAGGCUGCUUCAAUUGCCCAACAAUUACGUUCAUUUGCUGAAGAAGAUGUUGGACGGCAAGGAAUAGCUGUCACAUCAGUUGUGGGGAAUGCAGCUGCAAGCAGAGGGUUAGAAGUUGCAGUUGCUAAUCUACAGGACUACUGCAACGAGUUAGAGAACAGAUUGUUGGCUCGGUUUGAUGCAGCAUCACAGAAAAGAGAGUUGUCCACUAUGGCAGAAUGUGCCAAAAUUUUGUCACAGUUCAACAGGGGAACAAGUGCCAUGCAACAUUAUGUGGCAACACGUCCAAUGUUUAUUGAUGUGGAAAUUAUGAAUGCCGACACCAGGCUGGUUCUUGGUGACCAGGCUGCACAAGCAAGUCCUAGUAAUGUUGCUCGUGGUCUUUCGGCCUUGUACAAAGAGAUCACAGAUACUGUUCGUAAAGAAGCAGCGACAAUUACUGCAGUAUUCCCUUCCCCCAACGAAGUCAUGUCAAUCUUAGUUCAGCGAGUUUUGGAGCAGCGAGUCACUGCUGUUUUGGAUAAAUUAUUACUGAAGCCGUCUCUUGUAAAGUUACCUACCAUGGCAGAAGGUGGACUCCUAUUAUAUCUCAGAAUGCUGGCAGUGGCAUAUGAAAAGACACAAGAACUUGCUAGAGAUCUACGUGCUGUGGGAUGCGGUGACUUGGAUGUUGAGGGUCUCACAGAAUCCUUAUUUUCAAAUCACAAGGAUGAGUACCCAGAGUAUGAGCAAGCGUCUCUUAGACAAUUAUAUCUAGUGAAGAUGGAGGAACUACGAGCUGAAAGCCAGCAGACAUCUGAUUCAUCUGGGACAAUUGGACGCUCAAAAGGAGCUUCCGUAGCUUCUUCUCACCAGCAAAUAUCUGUCACUGUUGUGACAGAAUUUGUGCGCUGGAAUGAAGAAGCAAUUUCAAGAUGCAAUCUCUUUUCAUCUCAGCCUGCCACCCUUGCAACCAAUGUAAAAGCAGUGUUCACUUGCCUGCUGGAUCAAGUCAGUCAAUAUAUAGCCGAUGGACUUGAACGAGCUCGAGACAGCCUGACUGAAGCUGCUAAUUUGAGGGAAAGAUUUGUAUUGGGUACAAGUGUCAGCCGAAGAGUGGCUGCUGCAGCUGCCUCUGCUGCUGAGGCGGCUGCUGCUGCUGGUGAAAGCAGUUUUAGAUCAUUCAUGGUUGCUGUACAACGUUCUGGCAGUAGUGUGGCUAUUAUUCAACAAUACUUUGCAAAUUCUAUAUCUCGGCUUUUGCUUCCUGUGGAUGGUGCUCAUGCUGCUUCCUGUGAAGAAAUGGCCACAACAAUGUCCACAGCAGAGUCUGCAGCUUAUAAAGGAUUACAACAGUGUAUUGAAACAGUGAUGGCUGAGGUGGAGCGGUUACUCUCAGCUGAACAAAAGGCUACAGAUUAUCGAUCACCUGAUGAUGGGAUGGCUCCUGACCAUAGACCAACCAAUGCCUGCACGAGAGUUGUUGCAUAUCUUUCUCGUGUACUGGAGUCUGCAUUUACUGCACUAGAAGGCCUUAACAAGCAAGCAUUCCUGACUGAGUUGGGAAAUCGCUUGCACAAAAUGCUGCUUAAUCAUUGGCAGAAGUUUACCUUUAAUCCAAGUGGUGGAUUGCGGCUGAAGCGUGACAUAACUGAAUAUGGAGAAUUUGUGCGUAGCUUCAAUGCUCCAUCUGUUGAUGAGAAAUUUGAAUUGCUUGGCAUAAUGGCCAAUGUCUUCAUUGUUGCUCCUGAAAGCCUUUCAAGUUUAUUUGAGGGUACACCUAGCAUUCGGAAAGAUGCACAACGAUUUAUACAGCUCAGAGAGGAUUAUAAGAGCGCCAAACUUGCAGCCAAAUUGAGUUCCUUGUGGCCAAGCUCUAGUUAAUACAGUAGAGGAUAUACUGGUCUAGAAGAUUCUCCAAAGCUUGGUGGAUUUUUAUUACCCUUUUCAAGGUUGGGGCACUGACCCUCAAGAUGAAUCCAGUUAGUGGUGUCAAAAGGCAAAGUUUCACAAAUUGUUGGUAAGAAUUACAGCCUAAUUUUUCAGAGUCUCGAGUUGUGCAAUUCAACAUCUGCUUCAUACUUGGAGAUACAACUCAAAAGAUCUGUUGGAUUUGUAUUUUUUAUUCAUUAUUCAUUUCCAGGUUUGUUAGUUCAUUUUUCAUGAUACUGUGGGAGAGGAGAUUUAUUAUUAACCUUUUUAUGUGCCAUGUAAAUUAAAAUAUUGGGUGGAUAAAAUGCGUCGUCCUUGUAUUUCUUGCCAAGUCGGCUGAUGCCUAAGUAAUGUUUUAAUCUUGUAUAAAUUUAGUGUGCUGUGUAUGAAAUGCAACAUUUGUGUGAUA